UGGCGUAUGCGCCUUUUUUUUACCCUCAGCGCUUGCCUUUUUUUUACCCUCAGCGCUUGCCGUACUGAGCAAACAAUCAUGGCGGUUGUCAUCUGACUGAAGUUUAGAUAGGACAAACUUUAAACUGCUAUGCUUCUCGCACUUGUCUUGGCUUAUUUUUCGGAGUUGUAUCCGCUAGAUCUUCUGACUUUACUGGAUAUCAGAUGAAAUGAAACAUUAAGUUAGAAAUGUAAACUCGUGAGCGUGACGGCUUUGCUUUAGCCGCUCUGCUACUGGUGUUUUACCUCAACAAGUCCUCCAGCUAAUCUGGAGUCUGUGCUCUCGCGGGAUUUUAGCAAAGUUUAAAUCGUAAAAUUUAAGGGGUUAUUUUACGUUAAAAACGGGGGGAAAUUAUAUCGAAAUGCUUCGUUUCCUUCGGUACUGUUUAAGCCAUUGCCUCCAAGCAGCCAUGACCCGGCUGGAGGAGGUCAACGGGGAGGUGAGCAUGUGGUCGUCGGUCCGGUGGCUCGGGUACCUGUCCGGUCUGARCCUGCUUCUGGGCCUGAGUUUGGGUCUCUACACGCGCUGGGUCGGAACAGCGGAGUACAUCGUUCUUGUAGUACUUAUCCUGGCCCUGCUGGUCCUCGUAGCAGCCUGCGUGCUGUACUAUUUCUUCGACAUGGAGCGGCUCAGCCUGAGUCUCCUGCACCUGUGGUUCGGCUUCCUGUUGGGUCUCCUGAGCUUCCWCAACCCGCCCGGCCUGGAGGCCGACGUCAAGGAGCGCGCGGCCAACUACCUGCUGCUGGCCAGCGUGGUUCUGAGGACGUUGUGGUCGUUGCUGGAGCGGCUGCUGGGCUGCACCCGGUACCGACCCGCCUUCAUCACCUCCGCGGAGCGCCUGGAGCUGACGGGCUUCGCGGCAGCCAGCACGGUGCUCCUCUUCAAGGAGUCCCUGAGCGUCAUGGUGCUGGUCGUGGCUCUCGGUGCGGUCAUGAUCACCCUGCGGACCAAGGCUCUCCUGGCCUUCCCCAACUUCGCCUGCUUCACAUGUAUCACCGGGAUUUUCUUCUUGAAGUGCCUGAGCAUCGACGCCAACCCGUUCGCUCUCGCCUGCUUCUUCAGCCAGCUCAUCUGCGACCCUCUGCUGGACUCCUACUUCAGCGGGCUUUCCGUCAUAGAGCGCUGGCGGCCCAUCCUGGUGUCCAGCGGUCUGAGGCGCCGUCUGACCCUCCUGCCUCUGCUGACGAUCGAGGUGGCCUUCGUCGCCGUAGCGGCUCAGAAAUUUCGGGACUCGGACCAGUGGUACCUGGUGAUCCCGGGCUUUGUGGUGUGCGUGUUCUUCUGGGCCAUCUGCCACAUGGUGUUGGUGAUCACUGUGUGGGGCUUUCACAACAAGCUCAGUGACUGCCAGAGACUGUGUUGGACGCAGGGCCCAGAGGACUCCAGCCUGGAGAAGAUCAUGGCCUCGAAGGGCAUGAGGCACUUCUGCCUCAUUUCCGCAGAYCUGGUGUUCUUCGCGCUGGUGUCCACUGUUGCUGUGGCUGUUUUUAGCUGGCAGGAGUCCAGCGGUAUCUUCAUGAGUACGUUUCUGCUCAUCCUGCCCCUGGAGUGUCUGCUUCACGGACUCUUCUACGAGCUCGGGAACAGUCUGGGUGGGACCUGCGUGGGCUAUGCUGUGGUCAUCCCCACCAACUUCUGCAGUCCCGACGGCCAGCCCCUGCUGCUGCCGCCAGACCAGGUGCAGGAGCUGAACAAGCGCUCCACCGGCAUGCUGAGCAGCGUGCAGCGCUUCUUCGCCUGCCACCUGAUCGAAAACUACGGUUGCGACUACUCCACGAGCGGCAUCACCCUGGAGACCCUGCAGGCGAAGAUCAAGUCUUUCUUGGAGCUCCGCACAGCAGACGGGCCUCGCCACGACACAUACGUGAUCUUCUACAGCGGCCACACRCAUCGUAGCGGAGAGUGGGCCCUGGCAGGUGGAGACGUCCUCCGCCUGGAUCAGCUCUUGGAGUGGUGGAGGGAGAAGAACGGGGAGUUCUGCUCCCGCCUCAUCGUCGUGCUGGACUGCGACCACUCGCUGCCCUGGGUGAAAGGGGUCCGGCGCGUGGAGGGGCUGCACGUGGCCGUGCAGGGUGCAUUGCUCGAGUGGGCCGGCGACACGGAGCGACUUUAA